GUAUAUAUGAUGUUUAUAUAGACGUUACUAGAAAAAAAUUAUUUUUUUAAAUUUCCAGUUUGAAUUACUAUAUUUAUUGAAUUCUAAUAUUUUUGAAUAAUUACUAUGAAGUCUUAUUUUUGUUCAACAAAAUUAUUUACUAUAGGCAUUAUUUUAAUAGUGUCCAUUGAAGCAACUUUAAAAAGGUCAAUGCUUGUAACGACCCAUGCAGGAACUGUCAGAGUUGAACGACGGGCCCCUACUUGGCCUAGAACUGGGAGACCUAACUUUGGCACACCAAUAUUCGCCCAUGCUUGGCUCAAGAUUAGGCAGGCCAAUGAUGAUAUUUGUAAAGACGCCGAAUCACCGGCUUCCGAGUGUUUUGAAUAUUUUAAGUUAUCACAAUAUUGGCCGAAGGCUUUGUGUUAUAAAGUACGUGUAAUGGGUCAGUCUGACAAAGAAUGUAACACUCCAGAUUCAUGGUCUAUCCAUGGAUUAUGGCCACAAAGAACUACGGAUAAGUCAAUACUUAAAAAGAAAUGUCCACUAGAUAAACCAUUCAAUAUUAACGAUCUAAUUGAUAUUAAAGAUAAAUUAACGCCGGUAUGGUUUGGUGUCGACAAAUCUGGAUAUGGUGAUCCAGAUGCCAGAUUGUGGGAACAUGAGUGGACUAAACAUGGACGGUGUGCAGCUCGUGUUGAAGACGUUAACGAUAUAGGAAAAUAUUUUUCUAAAACUUUAGAUUUAUAUGAUCAGUAUGAUUUAGUUCAAGCACUUAAUGACGGAGAAAUUUUUCCUGGAAAUACCGUAUCUCUAGGAGAUAUAAAUAAUAAAAUAAACAACAGUGUCGGAAAGAAGUCUGUGAUUACUACCAUUUUCAAUAAAGAACGAACUGAAUCUUUUUUGUAUGAAAUUCAUAUAUGUUAUGACCUUUCUUUUAAUAAUAUUGACUGUCCUGAAGGAGCAGAUGUAAGUGAUCCAAAUAAGCAAGUCAAGUACUUAAAUGAUGUACCAUCAGUCACUGGUUAAAUUCAAGUUUUGAAUGUUCAAAUAUUAAAUUUAUGUCAAAUUGUUACAAUUUUAAACUACUUCAAAUCUUGUAAGCAGAAUGAAAACAAUUAAAACUUCUUUUUAGCUAAAAAUUUAAAAAUUUGAACUCAGCGUGACAAAUUUUUAUUAAAAUAAUUUUAUUGGAGUUUUUCAAAAUAAGUUACAGUCAAGGUUACUUCGAUAAUUAUUGGUUCAAUUAUUUUUUAUUUAAGUCUUUUUCAGUAAGAGAGGGCAUUUGAAAUAAUAGCGUAUAUAGGCUUA